AUGAGGCUGACCUCUCAUACAGGGCUCAUCAUUACUGUUUCCGUGCUUGUAGCAGCCGGCAUUGCCGUGUACGAGUCACCGCAGUUUCAACAAUGGGUGACCACGUCGCGGCGCAAGAUCGCCUUGGCUCUGCACAACCUCGGCGAUGAGAUCCAACCUCAAAACAUACCGCUGAGGGAAGACAUUUCUAUGACUGAGGAGACUGGUGAAACUGCCGAAGAACGCAGACGGAUUGCUCGUGCGGAGAUCAUGCGACGAGGAGCCCUCCUUGAAUCACGACGGAAGUCCAGCCAGGCAGGCCAGUCUCAUGGUAGCUUUGAUGCUCUCGUGGACAACGAGGGCAAUCUGCGUAAACAAAAAGAUCAUAAAUACGAUGUUCAGUCCAACGAAGAAUUUAUUGCUAACUCAACGGGAGUUGACCUGGGAACUUCGGGGCCUCUCCGGCGUGGUGGCAAGCAAACCGAGGCCGAGUCUUCGACUACACCGGGUCGGAAUCAGCUGCAUCUCGACAUCCCCUCGUCCCCUGCCUCGAACCAUCCUUCCGAAUCUAUUAUUCAGUUCACCCCUAGGUCUGAAGCACCCGAGGGGGGUAGUCUCUUUGAUCCCUAUUCUCCCAACUCUCCCUUGUCUGUCUCUGGCUCCAGCCACACAGAAGAUCACCAGCAGGUAUAUUACGCGCACCCUGAUACGCCAAGCAACAUAACCUAUGAACACGAUCACCUUGCUGAGCUAGAUGGUUUCGGCCACGAGAGUGUUCAGUCUCACAAUGAUAUUUCAGCCGCCCCUUCUACCAGCGGAAGUUUCAGCCAUGUCGGAGAAUUUGAGGAUGAAACAUCAGAUGGUAGCCUUAGUGACCUAGGUGGGCAAUCUGUUGGUGGUGUGGCUACUCCGCCAUGGUCUGAUGUGGGUAGCGUAAUUAGCAACGAGGAUGCUGGACAUCGGUUGCUCUGA